GGGUACUCGAAUAACGCUCGACGAUGACGCCAUAGAAAUGUGCAAGAAAUACAAGAUGAUGUGUAGGACGGGAAAGGUGUGCGCAGUGCAACAUUUUGAUUGGCCGAAAAACAUCAGUAUUCCCGUCUGCAUCCCGCUCUCUUUCGUACCACCUGAGUACUCCCAAGUGCGAAAUGCUUACUGUCAACUUCCGGCGGACCCAGGUAGAUGCCACGCGCGCUACAUCCGCUGGUAUUUCAAGUCGGAGGCCGGCGAAUGCACGCACUUCCAGUUUGGUGGUUGCGAUGGCAACCAGAACAAUUUCAUGAGCAAGAGGGAGUGCGAAACGACCUGUAUGGCCACACCGACCAUACGGCUCUUCGAUGAUAACCAGCCGGUUGUGAUUGCCCAGCCCAUAGACACACAGAGAGACCCGAAGUUGAGCUACGAGGCCCUCAACUCGGUCAAGGAGGAGCCGAAGCCAGCUCACACUUUCGACCGCUACCAAGUGGGCCGACAACGGAAUAACCAGGUACGCAACGACGAGGCCAACACUCGCACCCGUCGCCGACUGGACAAGGAAAAGGACAAGGAACGAAAGCGCAAAGAACGCGAGCGGAAACGCGAAAAGAAACGUUUGCGGAAGCUGAUGAAACAAGAGAUAAGAAGAAAGUUGAGAUUGGAACAGCUGCAGAAGGAAAGAGAGGAAGAGAGGAAAAAGAACAAUAAGGAAAAGCCGGAUGUGAUGCUUGAGCAGCCAGUGGAUGAUAUAAAGGAACUCGCUAGCAAGAACAAUGUGAAAACUACAACUGAUCUCGCAAGAGAAACUAAAGACAUGAUAACAGGGAAAAGUCAAAGACAAACUGACAAAGAAAAAAGACGAGAAGAGCGACGGAAGGAGCGGCGGUUACAGAAACGCCGCGAAAAGCAGCGUAAGCGCCAUGAGCGAGAGAGACAGAGACUGCUAGCGGAGGAUACAGAGGAUAUAGAUGAACCACUUCGUGACUUAGUAACCGUACCAAAAUCGGACAAGUCUCCUCAGUUGGGCUCGAAAGUGGGUCAGGGUAAAGUCACUUCAAGUCCUAGAGUUAGUGUAACGCGAUCGUCGUGAGUUGAGUUGUCACAUGACAAUACACGUGUAGAAAACACACGACAUUAGUGUAUACAGUGCACGGAAAAGGUGUUGAAAUGCCUGAAAACUAACAUACACACAAACCAAAAAUGACGUAGGAUAAGAAUGAAAUGAGGUAUUACAGCGAUGUAUGUGUAUGUUUUAUGAUGAAACCAAAAACGGCCAGUUUUGCAUAUUUUAUUGUAAACCGUGUACAUUCUUUCAUGGUUGUUUUGUACUUUUGUUCGUUGGUACCUUAUUCUUCAAAAUACGAAUGAGAUGACUGUGAAAGAAGCGUCGACUAAAGCUUCAGCGAGAUAUUACGUCGACAUCGUAUAUAUGCGCUAACAGACGCUAUGAAAACCACUGAAACGCUCUUUGGUGUAUGCAUAGUUUUAUAACGUCGGAACUAGACUAUUAACCACUCUUUGUUGAAAAGAAUCUAGAAAUCUAGAUUCCUAUGAAUAAAUGCUGAUCAGUUUUUGUCGAGACAUGACAAAUGUGUUUUGGCAGGCGAUAGUGGACGCUUUGUGUGUGUUUGUUAAUAAUUUCUUUACAAAAAAUCUCUAUUUAAAGUUGUUAUGUUUCAAAAGAAUGAUUUAGUAUGGCAUAGUUUAGUUCAUGAUGAAGUUUACUGCCAUGUCUGUAUAUGUAGACAUGCUCGUCUAUAACACACUAGAAUUAUGGUUGCUUCAAUAGAAUGAAACAAAACAGUUGAUCUCGAAAAGUCAACUUCAAGUUUCGUACAGCAUGAGAAUGCGUGCAUUUUAUAAACGUUGUUACGGUAACUACCUUCAAAUGAAUCUUAUUUCACCUACUUACCUUGAUAUUUAUUUUGGGUGUUGCAUUUUGUUUUUCAUUUCGAGUUCAUGACUGACGAAUACGUGUAACUAUGACACCAUUUCGUUAUAUUCCACUUCAGUGGCUUCAUUACAUAUACUAGUAAUUUGUGAAACGAAACUAUUCUUAUCGUCAAUUAUAAUCAAGAUGGCUACAGCAUAUAACUCAACACGGCUGAAGUUUCCCGCCAGGUUCUUUUCGAGGCAACGUUAACCAUAACACCACCAAAACUUAAUUGGAUGAACUAUAUUGACAUAUUAUGUACAUAUUUAUCAUAUACCGAAAGACAUACCCUAUCAGCUGUCGCAAUUCGUACCACGUGACCGAACGAUAGUUAACUGCAUUGAACAAUCCGAGUUUAACGGUACAUUUCCAAUCAUUUUCCCUGUUUCAUUUUCUCUUCACGAAAAAUCGAUACAAUCUGCAUGAUGUUAAAGUAUGUAUUUUGCUUCCGUUGAAAAAAAUAUGUCCCACGUAUGAACACAUGGUAUAAGUAACAUAUCAAGUAUUAUUGAGAUCAUUUUGUCCAUAAACAUUUCUUACCGCUAACGUCAAUCAACGACAAAAUGUGCAGUGAACGCUCUUUGAUAGGUAUAUGAUUAACCUUUUUUAACAGCAUUGCACACAAUACUGAGAACUCGUACACAAUUUGCAUACUCAUGAUGGACUCGCCUAUAAGCUUUUCCUAUCAAGAAUGUUAGCUGGGUAAUCGUCCAAGUACAUCAACAUACAGUACGUAACUCUGUUAAAUAACCCACCAAGGAUGUUAGCAGUGUAAUCGUCAAAGUACAUCAACGUAUACAGUACGUAACUCUGUUAAAUAACCCACCAAGAAUGUUAGCUGUGUAAUCGUCCAAGUACAUCAACAUACAGUACGUAACUCUGUUAAAUAACCCACCAAGGAUGUUAGCAGUGUAAUCGUCAAAGUACAUCAACGUAUACAGUACGUAACUCUGUUAAAUAACCCACCAAGAAUGUUAGCUGUGUAAUCGUCAAAGUACAUCAACGUAUACAGUACGUAACUCUGUUAAAUAACCCACCAAGAAUGUUAGCAGUGUAAUCGUCAAAGUACAUCAACAUACAGUACGUAACGCUGUUAAAUAACCCACUAUUAUCAUCAUCAGUUUCAACAAAAAAGUUAACAUUUAUUCACACAUCAGUCAUUUUAAUGUGUAUAUGUUGCCUCUAUUUUUUCUAUACAUUUAAUUCUGGUUAUAUUUCAUUCAUUGGAAAUAUAUUCCGGCAAAUUGGUGGUUGUCCAUAUCAAUUAUGUAACAUUAUACGUAUUGGUGUGUAAUAUUAUUUGCGAUUGCUAUCCAUUGAUUUAUACAACGAGGUUUUGUACAUUUGUUUCAUUUGUCGCUUCCAAAGUGUACUGAUUUUUAGCUCUACUUCGAAAGUAACUUUUCCACUUAAAUUCGUUUAAAACUGUAACGAAACAUUCGUAUGUAUUUUUUCAUGUUAAAAUAUCAAACAAUUUUCGUAUUAAAAAAGUUACUGUUCCUAGUUCAGAAUAUCUAUUUAAUUGCAAACUCGUAAUUGGCAAUCGAAUUAAUACAGAGUACUUGAUUGUAUAUAUUAUAGUUAUGUUAUACAAGAUUGUUAGUGUUGUGUCAUAUUACUGUUAAUGUAACAUGCACAUAUUUAAUAUCGAUAUAAUAUAUAUCAUUAUUUUGUAGUUAACUGUUUACUGUGUUUUAUCUGUAUUGAUUCAAAUGCUUCAGACAGGUUGUUAUUGCAAUUCCCAUUGCAUUUUCAAUUUCAGAAAUCAGAUGCAACAAUGAAGUAGAAAAUGUGUUUUUUGGCAAAUAUGAGUAAAAUUUUGAAAACUUGAUUUGUUAAAGUACAUAAAUAUUUUGCACGUAUCUGUUAUACAUUAAUGUAUAAAGAAUAAUUCUUUGUGUUUAAUAGAUAUACCUUCAUCAAUGGAGUUAAUAUGAAUACCUUUUGUAGCUGUUUUUGUAAACAUUUAUUAUGGCAUCGUGGCAGAAACAAUUAUCUGUGUAAUACUUUUAUACAAGUCAUAAGCUUGUCAAUAUUUACUUGAUUUAUUCACACCAAAAUGUUUAUCGAAUUAUUGACUUUGUAUUGCUGUAAUAUCAAUUGGCCAAUAUAAUUGCUUCUGCAAUACAAUAUUUUAAUAAAAACGAUGUCGGAAUUCUCGAGCCAAAUGAAGACACUUACUAAGAUAAAGUUUAUUGACGACUUAUGCCCUGAAUAAAGUAAUUCUUAGAAAUGUUUAAACGCACUUUGGUUAAUGGAACAAUUAAUAUUCAAGCGAAUAUUUAAACGAAAUCGACGUGUCACAUUGUAUAUAAAUCUGUGUUGAACAUUAUUCAACUAAAUAUGGAUGCAUUAAAAUAUAUAUGAUGCUAUAAAUUUUAGUUAAGGACCUUUUGUAAAUGCUAUCUAUACUCACACAUAACAAUUUGGGGUGAAAGGAUUGUUGAAAACUGAAUAAAUUUCAAUUUUUAUUUAAUAGGAAAAACACAUACUGCAUCUGCAUUUAUAGUUAUGUGAUACUUGAAUAUAUAUAUAUUACUUGUUUCUAUAACGUAUCCUUUUUCAUUGUGUAUUAAUGUAGUAAAUUAUGAUCCGCUAUUCUCGCCACUGUAAAUCAUAUUAAUGUUUUAUGUCAUGCAUCGAAUCAUUGCACAUUAGUACAGUGAUAGGUUUAACUUGUUUGUUGAAAUCAGUAGAUGUUCAUAUUUUCACGAGUUCCUUCAGUAAAUUAUCGAAUAAAUCAUUGUUACUACA